AUGGCGGAGGGGGGACCACUGAAGACGGCGGUUGAAGAAUUGGACGAGGGAAUGGGAGUCCACCGAGAGCCAAGAAGGGAUCUUGCAGACGCCGGAGUCCUGAUGAUUGUAGCCAAUGCCAUAGACAUAUUUGAACCUGAAAAUCAACCAGAGGACCCAAUGUUGGAAGAAAUCAGGCAACUGGACGAGGAGCAGUUGGGCGUGGCACGUCAACAAAGAACCUAUUAUCCACCGCCGGCGGCAGACAACGAACCAGAGGCUGAGGGAGAUGAAGCCCAGCAAGAAGCGCUGAAAGAAGACCCAAUGUUGGAAGAAAUCAGGCAACUGGAUGAGGAGCAGUUGGGCGUGGCACGUCAACAAAGAACCUAUUAUCCACCGCCGGCGGCAGACAACGAACCAGAGGCUGAGGGAGAUGAAGCCCAGCAAGAAGCGCUGAAAGAAGACCCAAUGUUGGAAGAAAUCAGGCAACUGGAUGAGGAGCAGUUGGGCGCGGCACGUCAACAAAGAACCUAUUAUCCACCGCCGGCGGCAGACAACGAACCAGAGGCUGAGGGAGAUGAAGCCCAGCAAGAAGCGCUGAAAGAAGACCCAAUAUUGGAAGAAAUCAGGCAACUGGACGAGGAGCAGUUGGGCGUGGCACGUCAACAAAGAACCUACUAUCCACCGCCGGCGGCAGACAACGAACCAGAGGCUGAGGGAGAUGAAGCCCAGCAAGAAGCGCUGAAAGAAGACCCAAUGUUGGAAGAAAUCAGGCAACUGGAUGAGGAGCAGUUGGGCGCGGCACGUCAACAAAGAACCUUUAUCCACCGCCGGCGGCAGACAACGAACCAGAGGCUGAGGGAGAUGAAGCCCAGCAAGAAGCGCAGAAAGAAGGAGGAGAACCAGCUCCCGGAGCUGACCCAGAAGAAGCCCACCAAGAACCGGGCGAUGAAGGAGCGGAACCCGGUGCCGGAGAUGCUGGAGAAGAACCCCACCAAUGGUGAUCAAGAAAUCCGAGAUGACGACGAUUCUGAAUCCCGGACUUCAUCGUCUGAUACCUCAUGCGGUGAUGAAUGGUUACCCUAA